CUCGAUAGAAUGUUUCAUUGGCAUUGCAUCUUCCUGCCAGUCUCAAAAUGUGUUUUCUUUUACGGAAUACGCAACCACGCGCAGGAUCCUUCCAUGGUCCACUUUCUCAUCUCGGUUCCCGCUCGGUCCCGAGAAGCGGCUUGUCGGCAGUGGCAUUGGUAUGGAUCUUGAUCUAGAUCCCUGUCUCACGCCAUCUCGAAAGUGCCUUCUCCGUGAAAGCAAAACUUCGUACCUGACGGCCAGUCUCCGAGCGGGGCGCAAGGAUCGAAUGCCUGUCAGCUCGCCUCGAAGGAGCGCGAUAAUUACGAGACGAUGGGGCUUCUAGGGCCCCUAUAUGCGCGCCAGAUAUGGCAGGCUGCAGACAAAGAAUCAAAAUCUUGCAGCUCUCCCUGAUAUUCCAUAUCAACACUUUCGAUGCACAAUUAAGUCGACUGAUGCCUCUUGCCGAGCGAUUCACUCGCCAUCAUGGCCAGCCUGGAACAGUCUGCCUCGAGAGAAGCUCUUGUGAUCGUGGGUUAUGUCGUACCGAUGGCCGGGGUGCUGUUGACCACGGGAAUGAGGUUGAUGGUCAAGAUUCGAGGUCAGGAUGACAAGUUCCACAUGGAUGACUACCUGAUAAUGCUUGCAACAACAUUGGAAGUGGCAUACUCAGUGACGAUGAUGGCUUCCCUAGGUUUGGGUCAUGGUUUUGGCAAACAUACCUCCACCGUCUCGGUGAAGGACCUGAAAAUCUUCUUAAAGGGAGAGUAUGUUGCUAGUCAUCUCUACAACGUAGGUCUCGCGUCGACCAAGCUUGGUAUCCUCGCCCUAUACUACCGCAUUUUCCCUGUGCAAUGGUUAUCGAGAACAGUGAUAGGAUGCGCGAUUUUUAUCUGCCUUUGGAUAACAACUAUUGAAAUCUUCAUGGGAGUGCUCUGUCGUCCGCUAGCUGCAUUCUGGAACCCGUCUGUCAAGGGUCACUGCUUCAAUUCUUCGGCUCUGUCAUACUACAUUAACUGCUCUAAUAUGCUUACGGACAUAUUCAUCUUCGCCUUACCAAUACCCGUCAUUCUCCGGCUCCGCACGACCUCCACCAAAAAGAUUGCACUGUGUAUCAUAUUCUCUAUUGGCUUCAUCACAUGCGCCAUUAGUGCAGCCAGACUAGCUUAUGUCUUCGCACAGAACUCUAGUGACAUCACCUGGGAGGGUGUCCCCUUGGCUGUUCUAUCCGCUUUCGAAUCCUUUGGAGGCAUCCUCUGCGCCAACCUCCCGAUCAUUUACCGGCUCUUCCGCUCAGCCGCUCAGAAGAUGACCAGCCGUACUGGCAAUAGCUCGUCCGCCCCCAAGACACCUCACCGACAGUACGGAUACGGAUCGAACAUGUACGGCUCGAAAAGUGUUGGCCGAAGACCCCGCGGCGUCAGUGCAGCUAAUGAUGAACAAUGGAUUCGACUACCGAAUGGCAACCUGUCCCACGGAACAACCCAUGAGACUGGAAAUACAAUUGUGACCCAAGUACAUGAAGGCUCACACACGGAGGAGAGUGAAGAGGAUACGAUAGAGCUGGUAGUGAUGCCGAAGAAUGCAAUCACGGUUCAGAGAGAGUUCCACCAGAGCGUGGAAGAUAGCAAUUCGUCCUAA